UGUCCUCUCUCUAUCAUCCAUCACCCUGUCCUCCUCCAGCAGCAGCAGCAGCAGCUGUGAGAGGCGGUGGCUGGAGCAGAGAGCGGAGCUGGGCAGCAGAUGGAGUUGGCUGCAGCUACGUCUGGCCGAGCUGGAAGGGAGGACACAACAACUGGUGGAGCUCCACAAGCACAUCCGCUCUUGCAAGGGUGGUGUGGUGCUUGCAGAGUCCCAGCCACUGACAGACCGACAGAUUCAGCAGACCCUGCUGAGAGAACUGGCGGGGUUAUCCUGCACGGCCGGAUCAGACGCUGACAAUGAACCCUGCAGCCCCACACGCCUUCUGUACAACAUAGAGAGACAGAGUGCCCAGCUCAGCCAGAUUGUCAACAGUCUGAUGCCUCCUCUCAGCUUUUCACCGCUAUCUAAACAGACAUCCCACACCUGGAGAGGCAAGAAAGCCUUCACAAG